AUGGUAGAGACAGAGAGCAAAAUCAGGAAGAUCUCUCUCUCUUCUCUCUCUCUCUCUCUCUCUUACUUCCUGACUCUCUGCUCCAGUCCUUUGCUACCUUCUGCUCUCUACUCCUCUUAUCAUCUCUAUCAUCAUCGACUCUCUCUUGAUAUCAACUUCAUCUUCUUCAUCUCGUCUUCUCGUCUUCUUCUUCUUCUUCUUCUCCUUAAAGCUAAUCUGGCUCAAGUCUUGGCAUCGAGAUCUGAUGGAUUUAAAGUAAAAAAGGGGCAAACAGAGAGUAAACAGAGAGUAAACACACAGACAAGACAGCAAUAG